AUGUCACGCACACUGCUGCUGUGCUUCAUCCACGGCUUCAAGGGCAACGAUGACACCUUUCGCGAAUUCCCUGAUGACCUCAAACGGGUAGUCACCAAGCAACUGCCGGACCACCGCGUCGAGUCCAUCGUCUACCCCAAGUAUGAGACCAAGGGCGAGCUGGCUGAAGCCACCGAGGCUUUCCUGGCAUGGUAUCUCACUCCAACUCACCCAACAGGUGAUGGAAGUGAGGAAAUCCACCGUCGAGAAGCCAUGGCCACCAAAAGACAGAGAAGUCGGCGUCAUCCUCGUCGCUCACUCUAUGGGGCAAGCAUCCACCACGACUCCUUCACACCCACCCAAACACUAACACAAGACAGAGGCUUCGUCGCCGCAGACGCACUCUUCCUCGCCAUCAACGAGCGCGCCCACGCCAACCCUUCCGAGGACGACCCCAUCUUCCCCCCGAUCCAGGGCAUCCUCACCUUCGACACCCCCUACAACGGCCUCGCCCGCUCCAUGUUCGUCUACGGCGCCUUCUCAAACUACCAGAAGGUCAGCAGCGUCUUCAAUGUCAUGACCGCCCUCUCCGCCGCCGCGCCCGCGAGCCUCGCCCGCCUCGGGACCCGGCGCGCCGCCACCUCCGCCGUCGCCUCGACCGCGCGCAACCCCGGCUGGAAGACGUGGCAGCUCGUCGCCGUGCGGACUGGGACGGUCGGCGCGAUUGCGGCCGGCGGUGUGGCUGCGUAUGUUAACCGCGAGGCCAUCAUGAACGGGCUCAAGAACCUCAACAAGGAGUCCGUCAAGGAGGGCUACCGCCAGAGUAUUGAUGCGCUGGGGCAGGGUCUGGCGUACAUCAACCGCGGGAACGUUGGCCGCUCGUUCGCGUGGUUGUCUGACCACUUCACCUUUGUCGGUGCACUUUUGAAGCAGAAGGAACUCAACCGACGGCUGGAACGCAUGGGCGCUCUGAAGGGCGUUGGGAUUCACGACUUUUACGCUUCCCUGGGUGAGAAUGGGUACUGGCAGGGAGGCUACUUCGUCCCUGAGAGGACGUUUUGCGCCGUGCCUGAAGAGAGCCACGCCGCGUAUCCUCUCUUCUCGCGCCAGGUGCUGCGCAAGGUCGACGAUGAGGUGCAAGCCCACAUGAGCCUCUUUGACCCAGAGAAGAACGAGGACUACGAGAAAAUGACGGACAAGGCCGCAGACUUGGUCAUCAAAUGGUUCAAUAGCGAGGAGCGCGUCGUCGACGACCCCAAGUUCCGCGAGCCGCCGCCGGAAGAGGCCCAGGAGGACCACGAGGUUGAAGAGACGCUGGAAAAGGCAAAGUCGAACGAGGAAGCCGAGAAGUCGGAUGACAAGCUCGAUGAGAAGGAGGAGUCCAAGUCUACCGACGAGCUUCCGGACGAGUCGCCCAUCGACAUCGCCGCCGCUGCGUCGGUUGUUCCUCUGCCGGAGGACGGGGAUGGAGAUCUCGUCGGCGACGCGAGCCCGGAGAAUGUCGACACCGAGCAGAAGCGCACGUACAUGCAGCAUCUGUUCCAAGUUGCCCAACAAUCUGGCACCGGUGUUAGGGGGUGGUUGCCGAGCAAGAUGCCAAACAUGCCCAGUAUGCCGGGGAUGCCAGGUAUGCCCGGCAUGCCGUCAAUGCCAAAGGUACCAGCAUCGGUGUCCUCACUUGGGCAGGUUUCAAUGCCGAGUGUGAACAUUUGGAGACGUGGCACGCCAUCACAGGCGCAGGAUGCUCAAGAAGCGGCGGAUAAGACUGGCGAAGCGCCCCAGGCUGAUGAAGCUCCUAAGGCCGAUGACGCUGUAGAGCCGAAGUCUGGGGAGUCAAAGGUUGAAGAGUCAAAGGCUGAAGAGGCGAAGGUUGAAGAGACGACUGUCGAUACCGAAAAGCCCAAGGACGAAAGUGGUGUUCAGCCUGGACCAGAGCCCAAGGAGGUCGGAAGCACGGUGGAAAAGAAGGAAUGA